AUGGGCCUCGGCUCCGGCGCCCGCGCACCCCUCGACCCCGCCGUGAGAGGAGAGCUGCGGGCGGGCUGCGCCUCGGGCUCUGAGGGGCAGGGGGUUGGCCGGGGCCAGGAGCGGGACUGCUCCUCUCCGGGGGAGGGCCGGGACAGCUCCGGGCCGCGUCCCCAGGCGUGCACAGCGCCAGGGACAGGCAGCGCCGGUGCCUUCCCCGCCUGGCCGGGGCGGGGCAGGGAGGCGGCCGCUGCCGCCGCUUCCCGGUCGCCCGCUACGGCCCCGGCCGCGCCAGGAACGAUGAGCGGCUCCGGCCCGGAGGAGCCGCAGCCCAGCCAGGCGUCGGAGGAGGACCGGCAGCAGGAGGCCGAGCAGGACUGGGCGGCGGCCAAAGCUUUCUACGACAAUCUGGUUACCCAGAGGCCCCGGCCGCCCAAGCCCCAGAACGCCAUCACGGUGGCCGUGUCCUCCCGAGCCCUCUUCAACCUGGUCGAGGAGCAGCGGAUCUACGAAGAGCAAGGAGUGGAGAAGUACGUGGAGUACCAGCAGAAAAACGAGAACAUCAUCCUCAAGCCCGGACCGGCGUUCUACUUCGUCAAGGCACUGGAGCAUGUCAAUGCCCGGCUUCUCGAGCUGUACCCUGAUGAUGAGGAACGGUUUGAUAUUGUCCUGAUGACUAAUGUCCAUGCUCAGGUGGGAGUGAGGCUCAUAAACAGCAUCAAUCACUAUGGCUUAACAAUUGAACGUUUCUGUAUGACGGGAGGACAGAGCCCCAUUGGUUACCUGACUGCGUACCUCACGAACCUGUACCUCUCAGCGGAUUCCGACAAAGUGCAGGAAGCUAUAGAAGCAGGCAUUGCAUCAGCUACGAUGUUCACUGCUAAGAAAGAUGUUGUUUACUCGGAUACACAGCUAAGGGUGGCUUUUGAUGGGGAUGCUGUUUUAUUUUCUGAUGAAUCAGAACAGAUUUUCAAAGAGCAAGGAUUAGAUAGAUUUUUUGAACAUGAACAGCUGAAUGAAAAUAAGCCUCUUGCACAGGGUCCUUUGAAGGGUUUUCUGGAAGACCUGGGGAAGCUCCAGAAGAAGUUCUAUGCAAAAAACGAACGACUAAAUUGUCCUAUAAGGACCUACCUGGUCACAGCCAGAAGUGCAGCGAGCUCUGGAGCCAGAGUGCUGAAGACUCUCCGUAGCUGGGGUCUGGAGAUUGAUGAGGCCCUUUUCCUGGCAGGAGCACCGAAAGGACCAAUCCUGGUGAAAAUCCACCCUCACAUUUUCUUUGAUGACCAGAUGUUCCACAUUGAAGGAGCACAGAAAUUAGGCGCCAUAGCCGCGCAUGUCCCCUAUGGCAUUUCUCAGAAGUACCAAAAAUCUUCAUGACUGGAGGGUGCCAUUAAGGAUAAGGUUCUUAAUUCAGCCAGCCUCUAAUCUACCAAUAGUUACAUCUGAAAACCUCUACAUUUGUGUAUUGUGAGCACUGUGUCUAAAGAUUUAACUUCUGGCUAGAACAGCCUUUAAAGGAAGUUUUUUAAUAUUGGUAAGUUUUUAAUAGAGUUAUUUUAAUAUAGUUCUUAAAGAGUUUAGAUUUUUUUACCUGACUGUAUCUUAACACUGUGGUUUUGAUAUUAAGAGAUUUGUACUGUUUUUAUAGCUUGAGACAUAUUCUGAAAGACAGAACACUUAUAACAGUUAUAUUUUAUCUAAAAAAUUGUUGACAGAUUAUUUAUAAGAAAAUUCAUGCUGCAAUGCUGGUUCUUGACAGUUAUUUCUGAAGUUCUCAAAAGCACAGUUUACAUGUAACUGUUUACCUGUUGGUGGUUUGCUGAUUAAAUAUGUGUUCAGUAGGUCUGUCACCACAUGGUUUUGGCUUCUAGUAAAAUAUUAGUGCAUUUGGUUGUGUUUGCACGUAUUUUUCUAUACUGUUUUCUUAUCUUAAUAAAGCUGGCUUUACAGAA